CCAGGCCCGCGGGCGGCGCACGCGCAGACCCGUCGCGCCCGCGCCUCAGGCCCCGCCCCCGCGCGCGGCGCUCCGGGUGUUUGGCAUUACCAUGGAGCUUCGCGAGGCAGGCGGACGCGGCUCGUCGCCCCGGCAACCCGGGAGGCCAACACCGGACUCAGGUGGCAGCGGCGAAAGCGGCGGCGAUGGUGUCCAACCCUGUGCAUGGCCUGCCCUUUCUCCCGGGCACGUCCUUUAAGGACGCCACGAAAACAGCAUUUCAUAGAAGCCAGACGCUGGGCUACAGGAACGGCUAUGCAGUUGUUCGACGUCCAACAGUUGGUAUAGGCGGGGAGCGGCUCCAGGUCAACCAGCUGUCCCAGGCUGAGCUGGAUGAGUUGGCCAACAAGGCACCAGUUUUAACUUAUGGCCAACCGAAGCAGGCCCCACCUGCAGAAUUUAUUCCUGCACAUGUGGCUUUUGACAAAAAGGUGCUGAAAUUUGAUGCCUAUUUCCAAGAAGAUGUUCCUAUGUCAACUGAGGAACAUUAUCGGAUUCGUCAAGUGAACAUUUACUACUACCUGGAAGAUGACAGCAUGUCUAUCGUGGAGCCUGUUGUGGAAAACUCUGGGAUCCUUCAAGGCAAGUUAAUCAAACGCCAGCGGCUAACCAAGAAUGACCAGGGAGACCAUUACCACUGGAAAGACCUAAAUCGAGGAAUAAACAUUACAAUUUAUGGCAAAACUUUCCGCAUUGUUGACUGCGACCGAUUCACGCAGGUAUUUUUGGAAAGUCAGGGAAUUGAAUUAAAUCCACCAGAGAAGAUGGCUCUUGAUCCUUACACUGAACUCCGGAAACAGCCUCUUCGUAAGUAUGUCACCCCAUCGGACUUUGACCAACUGAAGCAGUUUCUCACCUUUGACAAACAAGUUCUUCGAUUCUAUGCAAUCUGGGAUGAUACAGACAGCAUGUUUGGUGAAUGUCGGACCUACAUCAUUCAUUACUAUCUUAUGGAUGAUACAGUGGAAAUUCGAGAAGUCCAUGAGCGGAACAAUGGGCGAGAUCCUUUCCCACUCCUGAUGAACCGCCAGCGCAUGCCAAAGGUUUUGGUGGAGAAUGCAAAGAACUUCCCUCAGUGUGUGCUGGAGAUCUCUGAUCAAGAGGUGUUGGAAUGGUAUACUGCCAAAGACUUCAUUGUGGGGAAACCACUCACUAUCCUCGGGAGAACCUUCUUCAUCUAUGAUUGCGAUCCUUUCACUCGACAGUAUUACAAAGAAAAGUUUGGAAUCUCUGAUUUACCACGUAUUGAUGUGAGCAAGAAGGAGCCACCUCCUGUGAAACCGGAAUUACCUCCUUAUAACGGUUAUGGACUUGUUGAAGACUCCGCUCAGAAUUGCUUUGUUCUCAUUCCAAAGGCUCCUAAAAAAGAUGUUAUUAAAAUGCUCGUGAACGAUAACAAGGUGCUUCGUUAUUUAGCUGCACUGGAAUCUCCCAUCCCGGAAGACAAAGACCGCCGAUUUGUCUUCUCUUAUUUUCUUGCCAGUGACAUGAUCAGUAUCUUUGAGCCACCUGUCCGCAAUUCUGGCAUCAUUGGGGGCAAGUACCUUGGCAGAACUAAAGUUGCUAAACCGUCCUCAACAGCGGAAAACCCCAUCUACUAUGGCCCGACUGACUUCUUCAUUGGUGCUGUGAUUGAGGUGUUUGGCCACCGAUUUGUCAUCCUUGACACAGACAACUAUGUUCUGAAGUAUAUGGAGAGCAAUGCUGCCCAGUAUUCACCAGAAGCACUCUUGUCCAUUCAGAACCGUGUUCAAAAGCAAGAAGGUCCUGCGCCAGAAUUGGAAAACAAGCAAACUAAAGAGGAUCCAGGUGUGCAAGAACUGGAGGCAUUAAUAGACACAAUCCAGAAGCAACUGCAAGAUCAUCCGUGCAAAGACAACAUUUGCGAAGCCUUUCAAAUUUAUGACAAGGAAGCUUCAGGAUAUAUUGACAAAGAGAUGUUCUUUAAAAUCUGUGACUCUCUCAACCUGCCAAUUGAUGAUUCCUUGAUUAAGGAGUUGAUCAGGCUGUGCCCUCACAGAGAAGACAAGAUUAACUACUGUCACUUUGUGCGUGCUUUCUCCAACUGACCUGGCUGAGGAGAGAAUGCAGUACGACGUUUUGAGGUCAGACCUACAUUUUGAAACACCUUGUACUUUUCAUAGAGGCAUUCACAGGGAUC